AUGUCGAACAAGAUGGCAACAGGUUAUCAGCAAAAUUCAAGAUGGCAAAGAAACGGCGGAAAGCGAUUUGUUCAAAACGAAGUCGCACCAUAUCUUGGCAACGAUAUAUUGGAUUUAGGCUGUGGUACUGGCGAGCUGUCUGCUUAUCUUGCCAAACUAGCAGGGCCAAAAGGUAGAGUUUUAGCAGUCGACCCUGACAAGGAGCGCAUUCGAGUGGCUAAAGAAUCGUACAAAGAAGUAGAAAACCUCACGUUUGCUGUAGGAAGCACCUCCAGCUUUCCAGGCCUGGGUUUGGAGACUUACAACGUUAUCUUCUCAAAUUUCGUUCUUCACUGGAUAAAGAACAUUGAGGAUAAGAAAAAAGCCUUCGAAAAUAUGUUUAGAAGCUUGAAGCCGACGGGAAAAAUUUUUGUGAGAUAUGGUGAUCGAAUGCCUACUCACUUUGACCGCGUCUUUCGCGAGCUCAACCCAGAAAAUUUGGACUGUCUGAUGAGCAUUAAUCAGUUUGAACCAAGGCCCGUAAUUGAACAGAUGUGUCUGGCGGCUGGAUUUCGCGUUCUGAAGAGUUUUGACGAGAAAUUUGAAGAUCGAGUGUUUGAAAACGGCGAGAGUCUUUGUUUGUUUUUC